CCAUCACCUCGAUUACCAUACACAACACACGCACGAUGCCAAGUGCAACAGCAGUCCCGCCUCAUUUGGAACUGCUCACUUUCUUGAGUGAUCCAAAUGCAAAAGUUCGAGAAGUGGCAUUAUCAAAUUUGGUAGGAUAUAGCGCAAAGACCAAUCCACAAAGGACGUUAUUGAUCGAAAAACAUAAAGGCUUAGACGGUAAACCACUUCAAGGAAGGGAUGGAAAAGAUGUUGAUACGAUUGAAGAUUUGAAAAGAAUAUGUCAAGAUCAACCAAUGGCCGCUCAUGAUGCAUUUUGUGCAUUGAUCAAUUUGAGUGACAGUCUUUUGGUAGCUCGAAGGAUCGGUGAUGAAGAAUUCUUGUCGUUCUUGGUUCGAUAUAUCGCUGAUCCAGUCAGCUUGUUGACAGACUUGGCAUGUAUGCUACUGUCCAAUUUGACAAAACUGGAGUCUAUCGGCGCAAUUUUGUUGAACUUGCAAUUACCCGCUAGACCUCUAUACAACUUUAUGUCCAACAAAGAUUUCGAAGCAACAAUGGAAGCCAUGUCAGCCGAACCUGAUGACCCGGAAUAUGCAGUCAAAAAGCAACGUGCUGAACAACAUAGCAAACGAUUAGCAGAAAUGACUGCAGCUCAAAAGGAUGUACCAGCUUUGAGUCUUCUGCUAGAUGCAUUUGAGGAGGGUGCAGACGUUGCGGGAGGAAAAUCACAAUCAGCAACGAUUGAAGAAAUGCGCACUAGAGCACGUCAAAUUCAACAAGGAUCAGAACAAAAUGGUGAAGGAAGUUCGGAAAAAGUUCCACUUGGACCUGAUGGAAGACCGGUGAUCAAGAGAAAGAGUAAUUGCAACUUCCUUGCAAGUGUAUUCGCAAAUGUUACAACUAUACCGAAAGGCAGAGAAUUUUUCGUUACCCGAUUACAGAAUACUUCAUUAGGAGCGGCUGCUGAAGCUGCAUCUAAGCAAAAGGAUGAAAACAGCGAAAAAGUCGUCCCGCCAGCUCGUGAAUAUCCUGUGGCCCGUCUAAUGGUCUAUACCGAGCAUCCCGACCUAAUUCGCCGUGGUGGUGUGAUCAGCACUUUGAAGAACCUCUUUUUCUUGAAAUCGUGUCACAAGGCCUUGUUGGCACCACCACCGAUUGACGUUUCAGGAACAGCACUUGCCAAAGUAGGCGAAGAAGCACUUUCAGUGGCUAACCAACUACCCCCUGCUUCUCGACCUGAACAUCUUUCUUCCGUUGAUGCUCUACCGAAUUUGUUAUUACCUCUCUGUGAUGGUAAGGAGCUAGCAAAAUUGGACUUAGAAGAUCAAGAAGCUUUGCCGGAUGAAUGUCAAUUGAUGGAUGAAGAUAAGAAAAGAGAACGCGAUCCAGCUUUACGUUUGAUGUUGAUCGAAGGUUUGCUUUUGCUUUGUACAACGCUAUAUGGGAGACAAUGUUUACGUGGAAGGGGGACGUAUGUCGUCGUUCGUGAAGCACACUUGGAUGAAAAGGACGAAAAAGUAGCAGAAGCUGUUGUCAGAUUAGUCAACAUUCUCAAACGUGACGAAAGCGAAAAUUCUUUACGGGAAACGGAGGAAGAAAUCGGUGCAGAAGAAGUUGACCAAGAGGCUGGCGAUAAAGAUGAGGAUGAUGAGGAUCUAAUGAUCGAAGAGCUUUGAUGUAGUGUCAAGUCUUCAUGUACAAACAUAAACUUGUAUUUCUUCACAACAAU